UCCAAUACAGGAAUCGAACGGGCCACAAAUAAAUAGACCCCACGCGAUUGCUUGAAAUCAUUUGAGGCGGGAGGCAGAAAGAGUGUUCGUCUCCUAGAGCGAGCUUGCUAGAGGGAAAGAAGGGGCGAUGGGCGAAAACCUAAUCACCGAUGUAUCGAACAUUGACGCCGUCGACAUGCAAAGCAUUAGGAGUUUUCGCAGUCGCUUGAAGGAGCUCUCCGCGUCGCUCGAUGAUGUUCUCAGUUCCUCCGGUGAUUUGAUUCCGGAACCGAAUAGUUUAUUGGAGGACUUCAGCCGCAAUGUGCUGGCACUUAGCGUAGACCAUGACGUCGAGGCUUUAGGGCCAGCUGAUCUAGAAGCCUUCAUUGAGCAGUUAAAGAAGGAUUUAAAAUCAACCGAGGAGGAAAACGUGAAGUUGUCUGGAGAAAUUGAUACGCUUCAAACCCAAGUUUCAUCAGAUUCAACCAAGUUGGGUGGAGAUAUUGACGCAUUGUUAUCUUUGCUGAACUUUAUUGACUCAAAGGUUAGUUUUCUUCCCAAAACAAAAGGUUUACUAGCAGUCUUAUUGGUUGUAGGGUGGCACGCUGACCAUAGAACAUGGGUUCCUUGUACGGUGUAUGAACUAUCCAGCAUUCGCUCAUUGCCCAUGUUAAUUCAUUACUAUAUCACUAGAUGCCUAAUGUUUAUCAAAUCACACCUACCACUGCUUUUCAUUUGUGCCCAAAUGCAUGAAAAUGCACAGUUUAGCUCCCUGAUGGAUAAAGGAUUUGCAAUUCCUGCCAGCAAAAACAUUCAAUUUCUAUGUCUCAGAAAAAAAAAAGAGCAUUUGAAGUAG